AGCUUCAAAACUUUGCUUUGCUUCUUCGAUUACAGUUUCUUACAUUGCCGGUAUGAUCAUGCGUAUGUGCUUGUCUCGAUAUCUAUUAUUUCUCAUGCGUUGAAUGACCUAUUAAAAGAAAACGAAUAGAGUCUAAUUUACCUGCGUGUUGUCAGCUCCCGAUCAUGUUUACCUGGAACGGAGACUUCUUAGAUUGAUACAUACGCAAUUCCCAAUGCUAAUCGCUUUCCCCCCCGGCAAGUCUCGUCUUUCGAAUCCUCAGGACUGUAGUAUACACGGACGUAAAUUGCUGCGGGUUUGUCUUGCCAGUGUACAUCAGACAAGAUACCUAAUCCGCCUGCGCGUGAAGGAUGCUCUCAGUCGGGUUUGAAACUGAACCUAUGAGUGUUGUGUCAGCCUUCUUGGGGCACUCCACAUAAGUUCGUGUAUCCUUGCGCGGCAUCAUCAUCUUCUACAACUUGGACUGCCUGGAGCAUUCUUCGUACUCGUCUUGAAACUUCAUUCGUUCAUUGUUGCGCUACUCACCUUCUUCUGCGAAGAACAAACAACAUGGAAGUUACUAUCUCCUCGAAUUGCACUACACCUUCCCUCUCCCGUACAUCCACAUAUACAGAUGCAUCUUCCGAAUCCGAUGCUUCGACGUGCGGCAUAUAUACUCCGUCGGACAUCAGCAGGCAGUCAAGCGUCGGUGGAGCCAACUUCAAGGACCUCGAUGCGGCGGCUGACGAUUCCCUUAUUUCUGACUCUAUAAACGCACUCGAUGUCAACGGGUUAGAACAAUGCUUGGAGGAUCUCGAGGGGAGUUCGAGUUUGCGUGCAAGCGUGCGAAGUGCAAUGAAGAGAGCUGGUACAAUCGUCAAGAAUAAGCUCAAUGUCUCCAGGACUCUUAGACAGGGUCGGUCUCGUAUAUUGCGACAAUCCAUCAAUGACGGUACUUUUACUCGGGAUCAUACAGAAGUUGACGAAAUUAUGGCAAAUACUACGCGUACUCCUAGACAUACGCCAGAUAUACCUUCUAUCCAAGUCCAAGAUAUGAGUACACCACAUGUGGAUGGAAAGACAGCAUCAAGAUCUCAGACUAAUGGAUCCGGCGAAGAGCAUCUCUCUCCAGGGCUAGCGAAGUCAUCAGCUUACCCAUUCGCAUUGAAUCCUGAAGAUAAUGUCAAUGUGUCGGAGACCUCUCUCCUCGCCGUCUGCGGCUCUCCCACGACAGAGUUCCAAGAGGAUGCUAUCACAAGACCCCUCGCUUCGAAUCCUUGGGUCCAAAUGAUGACCAUACCCAUUCGUAUCAUCCUCUUCGUUCCUUGGUGUGCUCUAGUCGGAGCCUUCAUCGUCCUCGCCCCAACCCAGAUCAAUAAGCUCACACCAUCGACUCCUAGCCUCUUUAUGCCGACUAUCCCCUCCUCAGGUCCUCGCCGAUUCUCUUACUGGGGAGAAUGCGCGCUCUAUCACAUUCUCAUCUUUAUUGCCCCAAUCCUAUUCUUACUCUUAGGGAGCCCCAUGAACGCUGUUGCUAUUCUGGCAGUCGUGAUGGCUGGUUGCUUCUGGGAGUGGCGGGAUUUUGUCCUCGAUAUUCGACGAGAAACUAGGGCUCCCGUCGAACUAGGUAAAGAUGAUAUGGAGAGUGUUUACUUAACUCUAACGGGCCUCUACCUGAAGGAUGGGUAUAAGAUUACCAUUCAGGACGAGGUGAUGAGCUUGAGGGAUAGUCUGAGUACGGGAGAGUUUCAGCAGGAGGAGAACGAGGGGUUCGCUGCCGAGUAACGGUGCAGACAUCAUCCUAUAACACAUUUUCGCAGUUCCAUCCCCCUUACAUACACGUGCCUUCGUUUGUGCAAAUAGUCUGCAUAUACACGAGUCGCUUAGAGGUCUAUAUAUACUCGUUUGGUACUGGCAUACCAUUCUACA